AUGUUGAAAAGGUCUUUGGCGAGUUUGUUCUUCGGACUCCUGUUGAGCAUCGCAGUAAGCAAUGUUUCAGCCGACGAAGAGCCCGAGCUAUUGGACGGCGGAUAUCUCGCUGGCCCGGACGAAUUCAAGUAUCAAGUGUCCGUUCAGCUGCUCGAAGACGAUUGCAGGCGUCACAUAUGCGGCGGCGCGAUAAUCGACGAGUGGCACAUCGUCACGUCCCCCAUGUGUUUCGACGUGGUAUCCCUCGUGAACAACGACAUAUUCAAGCAAAACAUUAACUACGUCGUCGUGGCCGGUACGAGGGAUCUGCGCAACAAAACCUCCGGCUUGUAUCGAGAGGUCGAGUACACCUACGAGCCGGCCAAAAGUGUACACGAUGAGUUAUUUCAUUCGAAACGCUGCUCCGAAAUAGCAAUUUUGAAGUUGAAGAAUCCGCUGCCCCUCGACACCGAUCCAAGAAUAAGCGCGAUCGAUUUGCCCACCGUCGAUCAGUACUUGUACGAGUCUCAACAAAAGCCCUUGACGAUCGUCUCGACUGGCUUCGGCUUUUAUCAGAAGUACCCCGACGGCCGAAUGGUGAGAGGAUGGGACAGUCCAACUUUACAAUGGGAUUAUCAAGAAUACCAAGAUCAAUACCCCGAACCGUGCGAUAGUAUGACAGUCAAAACUAACUUCCCUGAGGACCCGAAUAUCGUGCCGACGACCUGCAAUUCCGACUACGGCGCUCCACUCGUUGAGAAAAAAACUCCGACUGGAAAAUACACCUUGAUUGGUAUCGCUUUGGAUCGUGCGGGUAAGUAUUGCGAUCUGGGCCGCAAAUUUGUCAGAGUCUCGGCUUUUCUGGAUUUCAUCGGUAACGUACAAAACCAAGUUUUCAACGAAGUGAUAUCUAAAAAGAUACCGGAGCAUCACGAUGCAGAAUUGAUGCCCUCGUACCCUCUCUGUUGGUAG